UGGACGUUUCACUACCUGCCGUUGUCUCGAGACACAACCUACAGUGACGCACCAGGAUCAGUGUAUGAAGAGGUGCGUUUACAAUGAGGAGGCUGUCAAAGAGGAAGGCUCUGACUCUGGUGAAGGAGCUGGAUGCUUUUCCUAAAGUGCCUGAGAGCUAUGUGGAGUCUUCAGCCAGCGGAGGGACAGUGUCCCUGCUUGCAUUCACUCUCAUAGCUGUGCUCGCCCUCUUGGAGUUCUUUGUUUACAGAGACACAUGGAUGAAUUAUGAGUAUGAGGUGGACAAAGACUUCAACAGGAACCUGAGAAUAAAUAUGGACAUCACAGUGGCCAUGAAAUGCCAGGACAUCAGUGCAGAUGCCUUGGAGCUGAGAGACACUCUGGUAGAUCAUGACAGUCUGACAUAUGAACCAGUCAAUUUUGACCUCACACCACAGCAAGAAGAAUGGCGAAUCAAACUGCUGCACUUUCGGCACCGUCUGAGGUUGGAGCAUGCUCUCCAGGAUGUUCUCUUCAAGGCUGCAAUUGAAGAACGUCCUCCUGCUCCACCUAAAAAUGAGGAUGACUUACUUGGUGCCUGCAGGAUACAUGGACAUGUGUACGUCAGAAAGGUGGCUGGAAAUGUCCACAUUCUUGCUGGCAAGUCAGUCAAACAUCCCAGAGGUCAUGCACAUGUAUCUCACUUCAUUAAUGAAGAGUUGUUUAACUUCUCACACCGGAUUGAUCACCUGUCCUUUGGAGAAGUGAUACCUGGGAUGGUCAGCCCUCUGGAUGGCACAGAGAAAGUUACUGCUGUUUCUAGCCACAUGUUUCAGUACUUUGUCACCAUCGUGCCCACCAGACUGAACACCCACAGGAUCUCUGCAAACAUGCAUCAGUUCUCCAUCACUGAGCAGGAUCGAGUGAUAAACCACAUCAUUGGCAGCCAUGGGAUCCCAGGGAUCUUUAUGAGAUAUGACAUCAGCUCACUGAUGGUCAAAGUCACGGAGACGCACAUGCCCUUCUGGAAGUUUCUUGUCAGGCUGUGCGGCAUCAUUGGAGGAAUUUUCUCUACCACUGGCAUACUUCAUGGUGUGUUGGGGUUCCUGGCUGACAUUGUUUGCUGUCGUUUCCAGAUAGGACCCAACAGACGUUUAAAGGAGCCUCCAGAGAUUCAGCAGCCACUUUAUGAAACACUGACUUCUUUAGAGAACUAGGCUUAUUGAUGUCAUCUUGGCCUGACCCACCAGACAGCAUGAGAUGCUGAGGAAAUGUUUAUGAGAUGUUUUUAUUACAGAAUAACACUUAGUCAUAAAAGGUGUAAGUAUUUAUUUCUAAACUUUUACAGGAUGCAUGUAUGAUUCAGAAAUGACUGAAUGAAUUUAAUCAGUACAUUCACCAAGCAGCAGCAGAACUGUUGGGGUCAUACAGUUGAUUGACAUCCAUCUGGCUUUUUUAUUUUAUUUUGGCAAUUCUGCCAUGAUGUUUAGAGACUUAAGAAGACAUUCAUCUUUUCAGUGGUCCUCCACAAGCAAUGAAUAUCCCUAAUAAAACAGGUUUUAAAGAUUUCCUUAAGUGUUUUUAUGUCAAAG